ACCUUCUUGAAUCCGGCCCCUGAACCCUGCAUGAGUGUCAACAUGGCGCACGUGGGGCAAGGCGGCGGCCACAGGCACAAGAAGAAGAAAAAAGAAAAUUUCCUUCGUCAAACGAAAAAGAUGGCUAAACGAGGCCAUUACGGCAAAGGAAGAAAGCUGUCUGAAGAUGAAUAUACAUAUUAUGUGCGAGUGUUCGAGCAAAUGAAGCAUGUGGAGGGAGAAGAGAGAGAGAUUUUAGUGCAAAACUUCUUUCAUGAACUUGAGCGAGAAGGGCAGGUGAAGAGUCUGGCAGGCAACCAGAUUGUGUCGCGAAUCUUAGAUGAUGCAUUACCCCUUGCAAAUAUCAAGCAAGUUCAAGCUUUGUCUCGGGUAUUUGCUGAGGAUCUCAGAUCAACAUGCAUUGAUCCCUAUGCUUCACAUGUUUUGCAGACUUUGCUGACACUUUCGUUAAAGAAUGCACAGAAAGGUGCAGUACAAAAACAUUGUGAAGAAACUGAUGGAGGAGAGGUCAAGGAAAUUGUCGUAGCUAUUACUGAUGAAGAAAGAGAAGAAUUCAUUACAUUCAUGCAUAAGGUCGGAAGAUUUGUUUAUAAUAACUUGGAAGACUUCAUACAUGACACAUACGCCAGUCACGUUGUACGCUCGGUUUUAGAAAUAUGUUCAGGAGUGGAAAUUCAAGACUCUGUAAAAAGCAGCCACCGAUCUCAAUCUAAUCAUGCUUUAAUUCAAGAGAGUGGAAAGUUCCUGGCAGUUCCUCCACAGUUAAAACAAUUACUUCCUGAUAUUGCUGUAAGAUUUACUCAGUUGCCUAACCUUCCAGAAAUAAUCUGCAGUGAUUCAGGUUCAGCUGUGUUGCAAUCGUUGCUGAUAGUGCUGAUUAAAGUUGAUGAGAAACAGUGUGAAAUCUUAGUGUCUCACAUUAUUAAACAUGGCUUCCCUGGGGUCACUGCUUCAUACAAGGACCAGUAUGACGAAGGCAUGAAAGUUGAAGUGCCCCCUAUUUUCCAGGAUAACCCAGCUACACGUUUGCUAGAGGUUGUGCUGCUGUUUUCCACGAGUGAGCAGCAGAGUACAAGUUUUCAAGAAUACUUCAGUGGAAACAUAAAGGCAUUGGUUCAGCAUCGUUCAGCAAAUUUUGCUGUACAGAAGCUUCUGUCUGCAUGGAAGGAAAAAGAUACGUUUGAGGACUUGUACAAUGAAGUAUGUGAAGCCCUUGAAGCAGCCGUCAAGGCUGGUCAUACAGGAGUGAUUCAUGCAUUUGCACAAGCUUGUUGCAGACUCUCUAGUCACCAGUCAAACUGUGUUAAGAGUUUGAUGCAGUUGCUUGGAUGCUGGGAGCCAGAGAGACUACAGGUUCAGUUUGCUUCACUACUGCUGCGAAUGUUGCCUUAUGAAGAGUAUCAAGCUAAACAGUCUGAGAGCAACCUGCCUCCAGUAUCUCUACAUGGUUCUCUUACUCUACAGGAACUGUUGAAUUUUAAUAAGCCUAUCAAGGUAGUAAACAGUUUUCUUGAGAUGAGCAUAGCAAACCUGCAAGUAAUGGCAUGUGACCCCCGAGGAUCUCAUGUUGUUGAUGCCUUCAUCUCUAGCUCUUUUGUUGGUACCAAGAAUCGUGAUAAAUUUAUUCAUAAGUUUAAGGGAACAUACACAUCACUUGCAUGUUCCAAGCAUGGAUCACGUAGCUUGGAAGCAUUAUGGAAGGUGGUAAGCAUCAAACUCAAGACACAGAUAUGUAAUGAGCUCAUUGUCGACGAGCUGAAGAUAAAGGGCAAUUCAUUUGGUAUUAUAAUUUAUAACAAGUUCCAGGUUGGUAUGUUUAAACGAGGAGACAAAUCUGAUUGGCAGGAGCUUAUUGACAAGGCAGAGAAGAAACGGAAAAUGUUUGAUGACUUGUUGGUAGAAGAUAAGGAAGGUGAGCAUAAAACAAAGAAAAAUAAGAAGAAAAAGAAAAAGGAGAGGAAAGAAGAGACAUCAGACAUCUUGGACGAAGAUAUUUUUAUUGACACUACCGGGUAUAUUUCAGAUUAAGAUAUAUCGAUUCAAAUUAUUUGUAAAUUUAAUAAGAAAAUAAAUGAACAUUUAUUGA